AUGCUGGCUAUUCCCAGAGACUCCAAAGAGUUAGAAUACGAGACGAAACACGUCCACGAAGUGUACGAGGAAAUCGCAGCGCAUUUCUCGUCCACCCGAUACAAGCCGUGGCCGGUGGUGGACGACUUCCUGAGGACACGCCCACCGGGGUCUGUUGGGCUGGAUAUCGGCUGUGGCAACGGGAAAUACUUGGCCGUCAACAAGGAUGUUUUUAUUGUAGCCUCGGACAGGUCCAACGCUCUGGUCAAGAUUGCGGGCCAGCACGAGCCACAUAAUGCGAUUAUUGCAGAUACGCUGCAUCUCCCGCACCCCCAGGCGAACUUUGACUUUGCCAUCUCCAUCGCGGUAAUCCAUCAUCUCUCGUCGAGAAAGCGCCGCGUCGAGGCUCUAGAGACCAUCCUGCAGACACUUAAACCUCCCAGCGAACGAUCAGGAGCAGGUCAAGCAUUGAUAUUUGUCUGGGCUUUGGAACAGAAAACGAGCCGGCGAGGUUGGGGUCAAGGAGAUGAUCAAGAUGUCCUUGUUCCAUGGGUGCUCAAGCCGGAUGGAAAAGCCGGUCCGGCUAGCCAUCCCACGACCUACCAACGGUUCUAUCACCUAUAUCGAGAAGGCGAGAUCCAGGACGAUGCGACCGUAGCUGGCGGCCAUAUUGUCAAAUCUGGCUAUGAUCGGGAUAAUUGGUGGGUGAUCAUCGAGCGAAAGAUAUGA